GAAAUCUAAAAUCGAUUUGUUCCGUCUCUACCUCUUUCUCUCUCUUGCUCCGCCGUCUGCAUUAGACCGCCGAAUCAGCCAUGACGAAGAGUAGGAACAAGAAGAAGAGAGACGACGCCGUUUCCAUGGACGUCUCCGAAACUAAGAGCGUCUCUGAAGCUGCCCCUGAAGCCAUGGACACUACGGAGACAGGAGACGCGAAACUAGCUGCUCGUGAUCGUUCUCGUAACUUGACAAACAUGAAGAAAGGAAUACCUAUGAAGAAAACGAGGAGGAAUGCGAGGAAGAUGAAAGCUGUGGCCAAAGCUUUAGCAUUGGAGGAGAAGUGUUCAGAGAAAGGGAAACCUAUGAAGAGAACGAAGAAUGUGAGGAAGAUGAAAGCUGUGGCUAAAGCUAUAGCAUUGAACGAGAAGUAUGAAGAGAAAGCUACAAAGAACGAAGAAAAAACUCUAAGAACUAUUUCGGCCAAGAAAUUGUAUGAAUGAUUUUGGUUUUAAGCUACAAAGGAAAAAGAUAGGAAGAGUUUUGAAAGUUCGGUUGUCUAUUUUUGAUCUUGUUAACGUCUAUGCUUGUCUUAAAAAAGGGGUUUCUGCAAGUUUGUACUUUUUCUUCAGUUAUACAAUUUUAAUGGAUUAAUCAAAUGGUAAAACUGUUUUAUUUU